CACCUUUUCUUUUUUUCUUUUUUCCAACCCAAGCCUUCCUAUGUCAGAGUGCAAAAACAUGUCUCACGUCACCAGCAGCCCGGGGCACAUAAUCAAGCUGCCAUCCGAGAUUCUGAACGAAAUUUGCGACUCAUUAUUGCCCGAGAGAUUAGUGAUACAUAUUCAAGAAUAUGUUUCCUCUGAACAGGGCGUCGAGCAGACAACCCUUAGCUAUUGCACAUGCAAUUAUGAUGAGGAUACAUCACCUGGCGGCCAAAUCUUCAAGCUUUGCACGGAGUUUUGUAUACAUCAUGCAUACUCACUUAUGAAAACGUGUAAAGAUUUGUGGAACUCGUUGAAAGCCAUAUUCCGCAGCCGGCUUACGGCCUGCUUUUCUUCUCUUGACAUAUUGGAACGGGUUUUCAAAGCACAACAGUUCCUACUGAUUGCAAAGGUGGAUAUUGUUCUCCUCCAGUCUCAUGAAUCGAUGAUUCCAGAUCUAUCGUCGGCCUUGGGCCAGCUCAACAGCUGUAUCCUUUUGAGGAUAUACUUACUACAGCAAUAUGAAGAUGCCCCAUUGAAUAGCGUGGAUGUAAGGAAUCGUUUAUUGGCCUCUAUAGAUGGGGCAUUUAUGGCUGAUGACAAUAAUGACAACAUUGAAAUCGAUAUACAACAAGUCACAUCCACUGCGUUGCAUCACCUAUCCGAGACUCCAAGACGAGUUGGGCCAUACGGGGCGCGAUCCGGCCUUUCACUAUCAAGAACAGAGCCCCGACCGCCAACCUUGCCUUCUAGCUGGCCGCACAAGGGAUGCUUUAGAAACAGCCAUCGAUCGGAGGAAGAUGACAGUGUGCUAGUUUAUAACUAUUGCGAUUAGUUCGAUACCGGCUUUCCUGUCGACGGAACUACCAUUGAGCCCGGCAUGGUACGAGUAGGAAAGUCUCUGGCUUGGGGAUCGAGCAUGAAUGAGGCUCUCCUUUGAUCUGUAUGUAUGUAUGUAUGCUGCUCGAUCGCUAGUGGGCAAAGGUGCCUUUAUGGGUAGUCUAUGCCCAGUUUACUUGCGAUAACAAAUAAAUAGUUCAAUUCAGCACUUCCUGUGCUUUAGCAGAAGACUGCACGGGUCUCACAGCCCCCAGAUCAACAUUAUGCAAGCACAGAAAGAAGGACGAGCUCUAUGAUGGGGAUAUUCCCAAGUCCGGCCAAAACUUUUACCAUGAGUCGAUGCUUCGAGAUGCUGGCUCUAUGACUACUUUGGCUCCUGUAAAGUCUCGGCUCCGCCGUGGAGGUAUUCUUUAUGGCCAGAUGUAUAGUCUCAUCAGAGAUCGUAGACGCUGCUCGCACAUAUCCAUU